CCCUCGCUCGAUGCUUGCUAAUCAUGAUUUGAUUCAUCUGGUCUGGUUCGUGGAUCUACAGGGAUAGAUCAAGUUUCUGGCUAGCUGCAACUGAUCGCUGAGGGGCAGUUUACCAACUAAUGGUGCUGCACACAAAAGCAGCAACAUUACUAGCAAUGUCACGGUUGUUGUCAAACCGCUUUUGUGCCAAAUUUAGCCUGCUAGCCGCGCGCCAGUCUUCUUGGUUGUUACCUGGAGUAGGUGCACGAGAGACACGGCGUGUUUUUAUUCAGCAACAAAGACGCUACCUCGGAGGGUCAAACAUACCCUUUUCUAAAUACUGGGCCAAGUCCAGGAUUUGGUUAUGUGUCGCUGGUGUGGGGAUUGCGUUAGCUGUCGGACUGGAAUACCGCACUGAGACAGCCAACAGUUUGUGCAUUAAUAAAGUUACAGAAGCUGAGAAAACUGACACUGCUAGAUACAGCACUGCAAUUAAAGUUAGCAGAGACCUUGUGGAACGAAUAAAGAUUGAGGUCGGAGCUCCAGGACUGGUAGUCGGGGUCUCUGUGGAUGGUGCUCAGGUGUGGUGUGAAGGGAUCGGUUAUGCAGACUUGGAGAACCGUGUGCCAUGCAGCCCAGAAACUGUGAUGCGGAUUGCCAGCAUCAGUAAACCCCUCACAUCUGUAGCUGCUGCACGACUGUGCGAGGAAGGAAAACUGGAUCUUGAUGUGCCUGUCCAGAAAUAUGUCCCAGAAUUUCCCCAGAAACAAUUUGAUGGACAGGAUGUUACAAUAACCCCUCGAAUGAUUUUGUCUCAUCUGAGUGGCAUACGACAUUAUGAGAAGGAUGCAAAGAAAGUGAAGGAGGACAAGGAGAAAGCUAAGAGACUUUUAAAGCUACCAGUAAAGGAGAAUGUGAAAGAUAAAGAAAAGAAAGAUAAAGCCUUAACAGAACAGAACAGCAAAGACAAAGAAGCCACUCAGGCUCACAAGAAAAAAGAGUACGAGUAUGAGUAUGAUGAAUACUACUUGAAAGACAAGUUUAAUAGUGUCACUCAUGCCUUGGACCUCUUCAAGGAUGAUCCACUCAUUUUCAAACCUGGUACCACUUUUUUGUACUCCACCCACGCCUUUACCCUGCUCAGCGCUGUUGUGGAGCGGGCUGCUGGCCAGCGCUUCCUGGAUGUCAUGAUGAAUAUGUUCCAUGAACUGGGAAUGCACAAUACUGUGCCCGAUGAGAAUGACCCUAUUAUUUACCACCGCUCCAGAUAUUAUCAUCUCAGCAAGAGAGGGUGUGUUGUGAACUGCCCAUACAUAGACAACUCCUACAAAUGGGCAGGAGGUGGCUUCCUUUCCACUGUGCCUGACCUGCUGCUGUUUGGUAAUGUACUGCUCUACAGCUACCAGGUGGCCCACCUAGAAGACAAUACAGGCUUGCUGCCUGGCUUCCUCAAACCCAAAACUGCCAUAGAUUUGUGGGCACCAGUUGACAACACAGAGCCUAGUUGGGAUAAAGAUGGUCUGUAUGCCCAGGGUUGGUUGGUGGUGGAGAAACUACAGAAAUACGGCCAGUGCAGGAAGCGCAGACACUACAUGUCACACACAGGAGGUGCUGUGGGGGCUAGCAGUGUCCUCCUGGUGUUGCCCAGUGAGGAGAUAGACCAGCACCAAGGACGGACCCCUUUCCUCCCACAGGGUGUAGUGGUCACCAUCCUCACUAACAUGCAGUCUGUAGGACUCCACAGCACAGCACUGAAAGUUGCACACGAGUUUGACAAAGCCAGAAGCCUGUAAGAGUGAGUUGUUUAUAGAAAUGUGUUUACAUUUUACAGAAAAAUUAUUUCAUGCUCACCUUAUGAUCUUGCAUAAUUUUGAUCUAGCUUUUAAACAGCAUCCAGAGGAUGUUUUAGUAAUUGAAAUAAAUGUUUUAAACAUG